AUGUCUUCCAUCAAUCGUCGUCUGCAUGGCAUCUUCACCAACUCACUCCCUGCAAAAACCAAAACCAAAACAAAAACCAAAGUCAACACCAAGACCAACCUCAAUUUCUUUCCAAAAUCCGCUUCCACCGAUGAAAACAAGCUCCAAAAAUGGGUCGACAACUUCAAGAAGUCCUCCGACCGCGACAACUUCCGAAACAAGCGGGGCAUCUAUGAUUUCGCCGUUCGCUGCCUUGCGGCAGCUGAUCAAUUCUCCAUGAUAGAAGAAAUUCUCGAAGCCCAAAAGAAGUAUGGCGACAUCACCAACGAAGGCUUCGCCAUGCGCCUCAUUACUUUGUAUGGUAAGUCGGGCAUGGUGGAUCAUGCUCACAAGCUGUUCGAUGAAUUGCCUCAGCUGCAAUGUGAGCGCACCGUUAGGUCCUUCAAUGCCCUUCUGACCGCUUAUUUUAAUGCAAAGAAGUUUGACAAAGUGGUUCAGAUAUUCCAGGAGUUACCCUCUUCAGUGUCUGUAGAAUCGGACGUCAUCUCGUAUAAUAUUUUUAUUCAUGCAUUAUGCGAGAUGGGUUCGUUGGAUCUUGCAAUUUCAACAUUGGAAUCAAUGGAAAAUAUUGGUGUACAACCUAAUUUAAUUUCCUUCAAUACGCUUCUCAAUGCGCUUUACAGGAAUGAACGGUGUUCAGAGGGAGAAAGGUUAUGGGGUUUGAUGGAGAUCAAGAGCAUUGUCCCCAAUGUUAGAAGCUAUAAUUCUAGGCUGCGAGGAAUGGUUAAUCAAAAUAGAAUACUGGAGGCAGUUGAGUUAGUUGGCGAAAUGGAGAGCAAGGAAAUUAAACCUGAUGUAUUUACUUACGCAGCUCUGAUUAAAGGUUUCUGUAAUGAAGAAAACUUGAAGGAAGCUAAGAGAUGGUAUGGUGAACUUCAAAGGAAUAAAUGUACUCCAGUUUUGGCAAUUUAUGCGGAACUUGUUCCAUUAUGUUGCAAGGUGGGUGAUCUCAAUAUGGCUUUUGAGCUGCUGUCAGAUGCUAUCAGUUGUCGGCAGCUGAUUAAAGAAGAGAUGUUGAAGCAGGUAGUUGAUGGAUUGGUCAAGGAGAAAAAGAUUAAAGAAGCAAAAAAGCUCGUAGAACUGGUGAAAUCUUCUAAGCACCUCAACUAUAAACUACAAUUAUCUGUGGUCAAAUAG